UGUGCUGCCCCACACUCAAGUGCUUUACCUCGAAUAAAGCUGGUCAGAGGGAGAGGUGUGGGCUAAUUUGGGGCAGAGGGGGAGGCCACGGGUCACCCAACUCCCAGACAUUGCCACUGUGGGGUGGGAGCACUGGGCGGCGGGUGUGAAGCUCGGGAGAGGCACAGCAGGGAUGGGAUCUCUCCCCAUGGGGCCAGAGCCGCUCGGGUAAAGCCCUCUGAGGGUGGGAGCUCCCAGCAUGAAGCCGGAGCGGCGUGGGUAGCCACGGUCGGGCCACCCACGUGGAGCCGCGCUCGCCACGCCCCGCCCGGGCUCCUCCCCCUGCUCUCCGUGGCCCUGGCUCCGCUCCGGGAUUCCCCGCCUGGCCACACCCUCAAUCCCGGGACAAACCCCUUGGGCGCGGCCGGUGCUGGGGCUGCGCGACGGGAACGCUUCGGGGGACCGGGAUCCUCGUGGGGACACCCCUGUACCCCGAGUGUCGCUGAGCUCCGCUGUCCCCUGCCAGCUGAGUGUCCCCCAGCGGUGCCCUCGCGUGUUUCCUGUGUCCCCGUGGCACAGCGUGCCCGGCGCAGCCCUGCUCUGCCUGUGCCCGUGCAGCCCCUCCGGGCACUGCUCUGUUCUUUGCGGUGCCCGUGGGCACGGCACGGCCCCGCGUGGCACAACCGCCUUCCUGCCCGCACCCCUGGGCUGCUGUGCCUCUUUCCCGGGCCGUGCCCUCCUGUGGCUGCUGCCCUGUGCUGUGAGUGUCCCCGGGCCGUGCCCUCCUGCGCCACGUCGGGCUCUGUCCUGCUGGAUCCUGCUCGAUGCCGUGAGCUUCUUCCCAGCAGUGCCCUCCUCCUGCCAGCUCAUGGCCAUCGCUCUCCUCUUCCCCAGCGGCGCCUGCCAGGCUCAGCCCACGUCCAUCGCCGUGACCUUCCUUCCUCCCCACCACCCCCCCUCCGCGUCCGUGUCUGUUUGUCUUUCCAGCCCACUCAUCACCGGCCAGUCAUGGGGUGUUGACUCUGCGCAUUCCUUUCCAGCCGAGCCCGCCGCCGCCGGUCAUUAAACGGGGCUGACACACGCUGCUGUCCCCACUCCGGGGCCACUGUGCUGGGCUCCAGCUGCUGAUAACUUCAGGGACUUUGAGACUGAGGGACAGGUGACCCUGGGUGACUGGCACCGCUUGGGAACAGAGGAGUGGAUUAACGCCAGUCCCCAGGCAGUUCCAGGAUCCACCCUAAUCCCACCAGCACCAUGGCACUGGUGUGGUCCUGCUGGGUCCUCCUGCUGCUCCUGCCUGCCCUGGCCCACACUGGGGGGCCUGGCCCUGUCCUCAUCAACCGCCCCUUCGUCACCAUCUGGAACAUCCCCACGGAACACUGUGCCGAGCAGUACAAUGUCACCCUCAACCUGGAGGUCUUCGAUGUGUUGGCCAACGACCAGCAGUCCUUCAUCGGGCAGGACAUCACCCUCUUCUACAGCGACAGGCUGGGUCUCCUCCCCUACUACACAUCUGAGGGGGUGCCAGUGAAUGGGGGGCUCCCCCAAAAUGCCAGCCUGGAGGCUCACCUCCAGCAGGCCACCCAGGACAUCAACGUGACCGUGCCCAGCCCUACCUACAGUGGGCUGGCUGUCAUCGACUGGGAGAAGUGGCGCCCGCUGUGGAUCCGCAACUGGGGCUCCAUGAAGAUCUACCAGGAGAAGUCGGAGGAGCUGGUGCAGCAGCAGCACCCGCAGUGGUCACCUGAGGAGGUGGAGGAGAUGGCCAAGCAGCAGUUUGAGGAGAGCACCUGCAAUUUCAUGAACAAGACCCUGUGGCUGGGCGAGAGCCUCCGUUCCGAUGCCUACUGGGGUUUCUAUGGUUUCCCCGACUGCUACAACAAUCAGUUUGACAGCCUCUACAAUGGGACGUGCCCAGAGGUGGAGCAGCAGAGGAACAGGAAUCUGUCCUGGCUCUGGAAGAGCAGCCGGGCACUCUAUCCCAGUAUCUACCUGCCCCUCUCCCUCAAUGGCACUGACAAGGUGCUCCCCUACGUCCGGCACCGCGUGGCUGAGGCAUUUGCCGUCCAGCGUGGCGUCCUUGACAGUGGCAUUCCUGUCCUGCCCUACUCCCAGAUUGCCUUUGAGCUCACUGUUGACUUCCUUUCCCAGGAGGACUUGAUGAACACUAUUGGGGAGAGCGCAGCUCAGGGUGCUGCUGGCAUCAUCCUCUGGGGCAACCUCGACUACAGCGCCUCCAAGGAGAUGUGCCUGAGACUGAAGGACUACGUGGAGGGGCCCCUGGGCCACUACAUCGUCAAUGUGACAGCCAGCGCUGAUCUGUGCAGCCAGAGCCUGUGCUCUGGCCAUGGGCGCUGUGUGCGCCAGGAGAACAAGCAGGGCUUCCUCCACCUCGACCCCUUCCGCUUCACCAUCGACCUGCACGCUGGCAAGCCCUGGCUGUUGUCUCAGAGCCUGGAGUCUGGUGAUGUCUCCCAGCUGGAAAAGGAGUUCAGCUGCCAGUGCUACGACGAGUGGCAGGGACCCCACUGUGACACCCAGGGCUUCUCCAAGUGACACACCCCAGGAACAGCAGGUUUGAUAGGGUGACCCUACCUUGUGCCCCAGCACUGUCACCGUGGGGUUGGGAACCUGGCUGUGGGACUGUUAAUAAAACCAGAAAGCACUCACAA